UGUUGCUUUACGGCAGCAGGCCGCGGGAUCCGCCGGGAUGAAGCAAAAAAGGAAAAAUGGGAAAGGGGAGCUCAGCCAGGCUGAGCUGAUGGUGAUGACCAUUGCUGACAUCAUAAAGCAGCUGCUGGAGGCUCAUGAGCAGGGCAGAGAUGUGGACAUCAACAGGCUGAAGACCAAAACCUCAGCCAAGUACGGGCUGCCGGCGCAGCCCCGGCUCGUCGACAUCAUCGCCGCCGUCCCUCCGCAGUUCAGGAAAGUUCUGCUCCCCAAACUCAAGGCCAAGCCCAUCAGGACAGCCAGUGGGAUCGCCGUGGUGGCCGUGAUGUGCAAACCCCACCGGUGCCCCCACAUCAACUUCACAGGCAACAUCUGUGUGUACUGCCCAGGGGGGCCUGACUCUGAUUUUGAAUAUUCCACCCAGUCCUACACAGGAUACGAGCCAACAUCCAUGAGGGCCAUCCGGGCUCGGUAUGAUCCCUAUCUCCAGACCAGACACAGAGUGGAGCAGCUGAAGCAGCUGGGCCACAGCGUGGACAAAGUGGAAUUUAUUGUGAUGGGGGGCACAUUCAUGGCUUUACCUGAAGAUUACAGAGAUUAUUUCAUCAGGAACCUCCACGAUGCCUUGUCAGGUCACACUUCCAACAACGUGGCAGAGGCUGUCAGACCAAACAAAAAGCACCCUGCUGCUCUUUCCAAGUGGGUUUUAUCGAGGAUAAAACAGCAAACAAGUUGGGCAAAGAGUUUCUGAAGGACACAGCUCCUCAGGGAAGGAGGUGUCUUAGCUGAUUUUGUUGGGCCUGAAAUAAUUUUUCAAGCAGCCUGGCCUUUUGCUCUGCAGAUAAUAAGGGAACUAUUUCUGCCACAGCAAUUUUAAACCCAAAGUGAUUCUGUGGAGUCAGAGCAGCACAGAUCGAGCAGGGUGACAAGAAAACCUGCCCUGGCAACGUGUGGGUUCUUCAGCAGAUAAAUAAAGGUUUACAUUUUUAACACAAAACUCAUGCUAAGUGCUUGGUAAAUGGAGUUCUGUGGGAGUUACUCGAGUUGCAUUUCCUACAUGUUGGAGAGGUGGAGAAAAUGGGGUUGGAGAUGAAUCAGAGCUUUUUCUUUUGGUUGUUACUCUGUGUCACUGCAGCGUUGGUUGGGAUGGUCAGUGACACUUGAAAUAAACAGUCAGGGUUGAAUUAAUUUCUUACUGUGGCGAGGAUUCAGCUCCUUCACCACUUCCAGCUGUGAGGAGUGAGGAGUUCUAAGAGCCUUUUCCCUGUUCUGGGAUCUGCCUCUCACCCCUCA